UUGCAACUAUUUACUAUUUCGGUCAGCUCGAAUCGAAUUUAGAAACCCUACCUACCUCCCGUUCAACCUUUCACACCGACCCAAAACCACCGCGCCGCCGCCGCAUCAUCAUGUCGAAGGAAGAAUCGAAAUACGGUUUUAAGGACAAGGCCAAGGCAGAAGAAUCGCUGGAAUUGCUGAAGAGUGAAGACCAUAAAUAUCAAGUGUUGACCGUUCGAGGUCUGCUCGGAAGGGCCAAACGGGUGCUGACGCUUACCAAAGCGGCAGAGAAGGUCAAAAACAUCCAGGAAGCCAUCCAGGUGUUUGAAAGCUGGAUCGAAGAAAAUUCCAAUAGCUCUUCGAAAAAUGCAAAACCCAAGGACAGCGAUGAUAAGGUGGAAACUGUUGCGGGUCUCGGUUUCAAGGAUAAGGAGGCUGCAGAAAAAACUCUCAAAAUCCUAGAGGGUCGCGAUCCCGACUACCAAAAGCUCGCUAUCAAAGGCCUGCUUGGCAGCGCCAAGCGUGUUUUACCGUCUACUAAAAAUGAAGAUAAGAUCAAAGCCAUCAAGGAGGCAGUGGCUCUGUUCGAAGAUUUCCUGGAAACUUUCGACAGUGAAGAACGAUCGAAGCAAAACAUGGCGUACCUGUCGAUCGAGCUAAUCAAACCCUGUCUAAAGGAAUUCACCACAGAUAAGCUGGCGGCAGAGUUUGUCGAAUGCUACGACAAGGUUGCCAAAGGCAACUACAAACAUCUACGAACGAAAGCACCAAAAGCUAACGACAGUACCAGUUGGGAUAUCGUGCGUAAUAAGAAUCUACUAAAGUUGAAGGAAAAAGUUAAACAAUCGAGCGAAAAACUGUUCGAUUCGAACGGUAAACCGACGGAAACGCACCUGAAAAUGAUAAGCUGGGCGUACAGUCCCAAUGUAGACAAGCUGAAGACCUACUGUUCCAGUUUAGCUAAAUCCGCCGCCCAAAAGCGGUCACAUUCCGAAUCAUCCGAUAGCGACAGCGAAGAGGAACCGAAAGAGAAGAAAAAGUCCAAAAAGUAAAGUGAAAUUAAACAGUUGUUUUGUAUUAUGGUGAAGGACAUGAAUUCGUUGGUUGAUAAAAAUGUACUUAUUUCAUUGAAAGGAAAAUAAAUUU